ACCGAUCGUCGCCGUCAGCCUCUUACAAGAGUACAAAAUCGAAAAAGCCCACAUCUUCCGACCGUCGGUUUCUUUAUGCUGCCUCCAAUCUAGUAUUUCUGUCUUUGUUACCAUUCGCAACGACGAGCUCAUACGCCACCGCUUGGUUCAAUGACAACUUGAAACCCUUCAUCGACUUCGUCUUGUUCCCCUUCAUCAUCGCCGGCGAUGACGCCAUCCCGGGACCAUAUGCCGUUUAUGUUCGCCAUCACGGAGCUUGAUCCGUGAGGGAGCUUGAUCUUACACAGCACACACGCUAUCAGAUCGAACCACGCUCCUUCUUCUCCACCUCCUCGUCGUCAUAUCUGCGAAGCAAGCUUGAGGGAGAGAUUGCGUGUGUUCUUCCUGGGAAGAUGCUGAAAUUCUUAAAGGGCGUCGUUGCCGGAUCUGGGACGGGACUCAAAGAUCUGCCCUACAACAUCGGAGAACCUUACUCCUCUGCUUGGGGCUCUUGGACGCAUUUUCGUGGCUCCUCCAAGGAUGAUGGAUCUCCAGUGUCAAUCUUUUCUCUUUCAGGAAGUAAUGCCCAGGAUGGACACUUAGCUGCUGGUCGUAAUGGUGUCAAGCGUCUGCGUACGGUCAGGCAUCCAAAUAUAUUGUCAUUUCUCCAUGGUACUGAGGCUGAGACUUUUGAUGGUUCGGCUAUGAAGGUUACUAUCUAUAUUGUCACUGAACCUGUUGUUCCGUUAUCAGAAAAGAUUAGGGAAUUAGGCUUAGAAGUUACACAAAGGGAUGAGUAUUAUGCAUGGGGGCUACACCAGAUAGCCAAAGCUGUGAGCUUUUUAAAUAAUGAUUGUAAACUUGUUCAUGGUAAUGUUUGCUUGGCCAGUGUUGUUGUCACUCAAACUUUGGACUGGAAGCUUCAUGCAUUUGAUGUUCUAUCUGAAUUUGAUGCUAAUAAUGAAUCCUCCACCAUGCCAAUGCUGCAAUACGAAUGGCUUGUUGGAUCACAAUAUAAAUCAAUGGAAUUGCUAAAGUCUGAUUGGGCAACGAUCAGAAAGUCUCCACCAUGGGCCAUUGAUUCUUGGGGCUUGGGUUGUCUUAUUUAUGAACUUUUCUCUGGUAAGAAGUUGGUGAAAACUGAGGAGCUGUGUAACACUGCUUCCAUUCCAAAGUCUUUACUUCCAGAUUAUCAGCGGCUAUUAUGUUCCAGGCCUUCUGGCAGGUUGAACACAUCAAAGCUCAUUGAAAAUAAUGAAUAUUUCCAGAAUAAGUUGGUGGAUACCAUACAUUUCAUGGAAAUCCUUAAUUUAAAGGAUAGCGUUGAGAAAGAUACCUUUUUCCGAAAGCUUCCAAAUUUAGCAGAACAACUUCCCCGCCAAAUUGUGGUGAAAAAGUUACUGCCUUUACUAGCUUCUGCAUUAGAAUUUGGUUCAGCUGCUGCCCCUGCGUUGACCGCCUUAUUGAAAAUGGGUUCUUGGCUUCCAUCGGAAGACUUCAGUCUCAAGGUGUUGCCAACAAUUGUAAAACUCUUUGCCUCCAAUGACCGUGCUAUUAGAGUUGGUCUCUUGCAGCAUAUUGAUCAAUAUGGAGAAUCAUUGUCUGCAAAAAUUGUUGAUGAGCAAGUUUACACUCAUGUUGCGACUGGGUUCUCAGACACAUCUGCUUUUCUCAGAGAACUGACACUUAAAUCCAUGCUUGUUUUGGCUCCUAAGCUGUCUCAACGUACUAUAUCAGGAUCGUUACUGAAGUAUCUUUCAAAGUUGCAGGUUGAUGAAGAACCAGCAAUUAGAACAAAUACAACGAUAUUACUUGGGAACAUUGCUAGCUACCUUAAUGAAGGGACAAGGAAAAGAGUCUUGAUAAAUGCAUUUACGGUCCGUGCACUGCGAGAUACUUUUUCUCCUGCCCGAGGAGCAGGAGUCAUGGCUUUAUGCGCCACCAGUUCUUAUUAUGAUGUCACUGAAAUUGCAACUCGGAUUCUACCGAAUGUUGUUGUAUUGACCAUUGAUCCUGAUAGUGAUGUUCGAUCGAAGGCAUUUCAAGCUGUUGAUCAAUUUUUGCAGAUAAUGAAGCAAUACCAUGAGAAGACAAGUGUUGGAGAUAUCACUGAGACUUCAAGCAUAGGGAUCCCAUCAAUACCUGGAAAUGCAAGCUUACUGGGAUGGGCCAUGAGCUCCUUUUCUUUAAAAGGUAAACCAUCUGAGCAAGCUCCAGUUGCUUCUACAAAUUCGAACACAUCUCUCCCUUCUGCCAACUCCAUUGCUAGCUCCGUGGAUUCACUGAGUACUACAGCAGCCCAUGUAAGUUCUGGUGCAGAUAUAGCUGAUCAACCAGUUCCUGCAUCCCCUACAUCAACAGAUGGGUGGGGAGAACUUGAAAAUGGAAUUCAUGAAGAGCAUGAUAGUGACAAAGAUGGUUGGGAUGAUAUUGAGCCACUUGAAGAGCUGAAGCCAUUUCCAGCUCUUGCCAACAUUCAAGCAGCUCAAAAGCGACCGGUGUCACAGCCAAAAUCGCAAGCUACAAGUUUGCGAGCAAAAAACAUGGUGAAGGUGACUGAAGAAGAAGAUGAUUUGUGGGGUUCAAUAGCUGCUCCUGCUCCAAAAACAGCGGCCAAAUCUUUGAACGUGAAAACAGCUGGUGGAACAGUUGAUGCAGAUGACCCUUGGGCUGCAAUUGCUGCUCCGGCACCAACAACCAGGGUCAAGCCCUUGUCAGCUGGUCGAGGCCAAGGGGUUAAACCUGCUGCUUCCAAAUUGGGAGCUCAAAGGAUAAACCGGACAUCAUCUUCUGGGAUAUAAUUUUUUUUAGGGGAGAGAGAGAGAGAAUGAGUCCAGUUAAGAUGAUGUUUUUGCAAUUUUUUUUGGGGGUUUUCUUACUAGAUAAGAUAUCAAGUCUGUCACCAUGGGUUGUAUUUGGGCCUUUUUCAACGUUGCAUUUGAUUUGUAAUAUUAAUUCUUUUCUACCAAAUAUAUAUAGGUGUGGAAACUGUUUGGUGUCUUGCAGAUUUUAGUAUUGAAAUUUGAAUACGGUUGAUGUAUAAAUGUAUUCCUGUAUUUUUCUGUCCA